GUGAAAGUGUAUACUUGAGUUUGAGUCGACAGCAGAGCAAGAAGUGGUGAGUGUUGGUCUAACAUUUCUAUUAUUUCACAUAAAGUUCCUGAUUAUUUUUUUUUCUGCUUAAACUGUAAUGGAAAGAAAGUUAAGAUUAACUAAACAGUUUGAUCGUUGAGAGGUUGUAAUGUGGUGCAUCAAAUAUUUUUGUUUUCUUUUAUCUCAGACAUGUAAUCUUCUUCACGUACCUUGUUUAUGCAGAAGUUUCCCAGAUAAAAAAAGAUAAUUCUGAGAUAAAAGAAAAUAUAAAAUUAUUUCUAAGAAACUGAAGACAUAAUGAAGAUCAUUCAACUAUUGUGGUGCAUGAAUGUGCCUCUUGAUCAAACUGAUUCCUGUUGAUUCUAGUGUUGGAACCUCUCAGACCAGAACAUGGAAGAAGAGGUCGAAGUGAAGUCUCCCGAACCUAGCUGUCUGUCAGUGCGAAGUACCAACUCCAAAUACUGUCCUUUGGAAUUUAAAAAUGAACCUGGACCCUUGGACACAAAGUAAGACCCUUAAUCUUUUUUUAAGACAUGGCUAAGUGAUCAUUUAAAAAGAAAAAAAACUACGUAUUUUAAGGUUUGCUUUUUUUAUAUAUCAGUCCCCACAAAAUGGACAAAUCUGCUCUGUUUUUGAACUGAAGGCUUUUACCGUAAGUGUGACUGGUGUGGUUAGUGAACUGUGGCAUGUGAACUGCACUGCACCUUGCUGUUUCCUGUUUGGUUUCCCUUCCUGUUAUAUUGAGAGAGUCAGAGAGACCAGAGCACACACAUGCAAACCACCCCUAUAGUAGUCUAGGAGUUUACAAAUGUGUUUACAAAAUCUUGGCAGUGCAUCUGGUUUAACGAAGACUGAGGCUGUAAUGUCUUUGAGGGUCCCUAACUCAACCUUAAAAACCUCUGAGUGUUUCUCCAGCACCUCAUCCAGUGAUGUACAUUUGGGUGCGUUGACUCUUGAUCUGUUGCCAGUUCAGCCUGAGUUUCUGAAACCAGUUUCUGCCACACAGUGUCGAUCCAUACCCUUAACUAUUACAAGUGGUGAUUUGACUGCUUGGCUUUCAUAAGUGACCUGCACUGUAAUUCUACCUCCUUUGUAAGUAAUAAAAAAGACCUUACAGAUCGGAGGCUGAAUCCACGUGAAAUAAAUCAGACUUUGACAUCUCACCUGUGACCAUCUCGUCUUCUAGUUUGUUUCUUAAAUCUUAUUAUCAGUCAACAAGUCAGAAUAAAACCAAAUGUCUCCACAGAGAGAGUCCUGUUCCUGUGGAGGAGCAGCCGUCCCGCUGUGCUUUGUGCGAGGACGUCCUGAAGGAUCCUGUCUCUCCCAGCUCCUCCUCCUGUCCCCAGUGUGGAAGUAGAGGUAUGAUGUUCACUGGCAACCUAUGGAUCAAAACUAGAUCAGGGGGUGUAAGAACGUUUUAUGGACUGAAGGAAGUGCAGUGAUGCUGAGAGGAAGUUGAUGCUUCAGAUGAUUAUGACAUAAACAUUAAAAAGCAGUUAGUGAUUUUGCUUCAGUACACUCUGAGCAUUUCCUCUGUGCACUCCCUGUCGAUCCUUGAACCGAUAAGAGGUCAGUGAAGCUGUUUUUGACAGUAGGGCUGUGUCAAUGGCUGUGUCUGUGUAGGGGUCGGUUUUGGGAUUGGGCCUAGUAGUGCGGAUUUUAAGUUUCAUGACAUCAACACACGGCGCAAAGGGUGACCGAUUUGGCUCUCAAUCAUAGUUGCCAAGUCUGCUUAUUACAAGCAACUUUGGGCUUGUUUUUCUCAGAAGUCGCUUAUUAAACUCAUGAGUCGUGGGUUGCAGUGUUUUGGGCUUGUUUUUGUUUAUUUAGGCUUGCUUCUCCAGAUCACUAUUUCCUGAAUCAUGCCUGCUCGAGUAUUUGGCACACCCCCUAACGCACUCACACAGCACAUCACCCUUCCUCGUGAACGACCAGCGCUUCAACAUCAAACCACGUCUGCAUGACGAUGGAUUGGGAUCCCACCAAGGGGAUCCCAAUCUCAGGGGCAGCCAACCCAGUCCCUCUCCAAGUGUUAUCUGUGAAUUAUGUUGAAAUUAGUCAAAGUAUUGAAACUCCUUUUGAAAAGCAGAAAUCACAGCAUACCUGGAACAAAAACCCACAGAGAGCACCCAGCAGCACCCAGUGUGUGAAUUUGGCUUCUGAGGCAGACAGGCUUUGUCGAAGGACAAGAGAAAGUACUAUAUAUUAUCUAUACAGUAUUUAGUCCAUUUAGAUCUUUGCUUGUGUUGUACUGAAGGUUCUGUUGGAUGAAAUAGUAAUAGUGUUACAAUUUUCUCUAUUUUUAGAGCGAGGUGGUCUGCAGGAGGUUUUAGAGGAACACAAGAUCAGUCUAAAGAAGAGAUGUGAAAUUGUGCCUAGAGGGACUGAAGCAGGAAGUAGUCAAACCCUCCUCAACAGGAUCUUCACUGAGCUCUACAUCACAGAGGGACUGAGUGAAGAGGUGAACACCAAACAUGAGGUGAGACAGCUGGAGACCACUUCAAAGAUGAAGACCCUCCAUGACACGCCCAUCAGGUGUCAUGAGAUCUUUAAAACCUUACCUGACCAACAGAAGAAGCUCAUCAGAGUGGUUCUGACCAACGGCGUGGCUGGUGUUGGAAAAACCUUCUCAGUGCAGAAGUUCACUCUGGACUGGGCAGAGGGUUUGGAGAACCAAGACCUGAAUCUGGUGGUCCUGCUUUCAUUCAGGGAGCUGAACCUGAUCAGAGAUGAGCGCUUCAGUCUUCUGAGUCUGCUCCAUGUUUUCCAUCCAACACUAGAGAAGGUCACAGCAGAGACGCUGGCUGUCUGUAAACUUCUGUUCAUCUUUGACGGUCUGGAUGAAAGCAGACUGUCUCUGGAUUUCACAGACUCUGAGGUCCUGUCUGACGUCACACAGAAGUCUUCACUGAACGUUCUGUUAACAAACCUCAUCAAGGGGAACCUGCUCCCCUCAGCUCUCAUCUGGAUAACUUCUCGACCCGCAGCAGCCAAUCAGAUCCCUCCUUCAUGUGUGGACAGGGUAACAGAAGUACGAGGCUUCACUGACGACCAGAAGGAGGAGUACUUCAGGAAGAGGUUCAGAGAUGAAGAUCUGUCCAGAAGAAUCAUCUCACACAUCAAGUCCUCCAGGAGCCUCCACAUCAUGUGUCAGAUCCCGGUCUUCUGCUGGAUCACUGCGACAGUUCUGGAGGACAUGAUGAGCAGAGAGCAGAGAGGAGAGCUGCCCAAGACCCUGACGGACAUGUACUCACACUUCCUGCUGGUCCAGACUCAGAGGAAGAAGCAGAAGUAUGGAGGAGGACAUGAAACAAGUCCUCAGGAGCUGAUGGAGGCUGACAGUGAAGUCCUCCUGAAGCUGGGGAGGCUGGCCUUUGAACAUCUGGAGAAAGGAAACAUCAUGUUCUACCAAGAAGACCUGGAGCGGUGUGGUCUGGAUGUCUCAGAGGCCUCGGUGUACUCAGGAGUUUGUACAGAGAUCUUCAGAAGAGAGAGUGUGAUCUUCCAGAAAACCGUCUACUGCUUUGUUCAUCUGAGCGUUCAGGAGUUUCUGGCUGCAGUCUACAUGUUCCACUGUUACACAGCAGGUAAAACAACAGUACUGGAGGAUUUUCUGGAGAUAAAACACAAAGUUUUGACUCUCGAAGAGCUCCUGAAAGAAGCAAUGCUAAGAUCCCUAAGAAGUCCAAACGGUCACCUGGACCUGUUUGUUCGCUUCCUUUAUGGACUCUCUUUGGAGUCAAACCAGAGACUCUUAGGAGGUCUGCUGGGUCACACACACAACAGUCCAGAAAUGUUCCAAAGAGUCAUGUACAACCUGAAGGAGAUGACAGUCAGAGUCUCCCCUGCCAGAAGCAUCAACUUCUUACAUUGUCUGUCAGAGAUGAAAGGACGCUCAUUAUACCAGGAGAUCCAAGAGUUCAUUAAGUCAGAGAACAGGUCAGAUGGGUCACACUCUACGAUCUUCAGCUCUGCUCUGGCCUUACUCGGGGAGAUGCCACAGGAAGUUCUGGAUGAGUUAAAUCUGAAGACAUCCAUCCCAACACAGCGGCCACUGGAGGAAAUUCUACAAGACGUGAAGAACUGUGGGAAGGCUGAGUGAGUCCAUCUGAAAUUAGCAUUAUGAUUCAUUGUAGUAAUAUUAAUGAUAAUAUAUUUAUUUAUAAAGUGUGUUCCAUCAAAGUGCUGUACGAUAAAGAAAACUAUGAGAAUAAAAGCACAUUAAAACAAGAAACAAGUUUAAAAAAGCAGAUUACAAUUAUGAAAUAAAAACAGAAUUAAAACCAAUUUAAAACACACAAACUCAACUUAGCUCACAAUAUGUAUGUCAGGAAAAACAAGUAGGUCUUUAGCUGAGCUUUAAAAAUGUCCACUGAACAAGCCUGCCUGAUGUCGAGAGGUACACCCUUCCGUGAUGUUGGGGCAUCAUGGGAGGGCAAAAGCCCGCUCACCAACAGUCUUUUUGGGGAUCUUGACGCACAGAGGGCCAGAAUCCUGGAAGCGCAGUGAGCAUGCAGGCAUCUAUAGUUUCACCAAGUCUGUCAGAUACGAGGGUGCUGUACCAUUGACAAUUUUAUAGGUGAUUAGUAACACCUUAGUCUGCUCAUACCUGUACUGGAAGCCGCAUAAAGAGGCCAGCGCCGGCGUAAUAUGCUUGAAUCGAAAGCAUUACGAUAAUGCAGUUGUGAUGUUACAAAUGCAUGGAUCAGACCCUCAGUGUCCUUAAACGAUAAGACAAGUCUGAUCCCAGCAAUACUUCUUAAAUGAAAGACAGGAACUUUGGGAAUCUCUUUGAUGUGAAGAUUUAAAAAAGUGGUGUGUCAUCAUAAACCACACCAAAAUUCUUAACUCUAACCCUUCAAUAAAUAACACAGUCAUCCAGAGACCGAGUAAAGGCACUUUGUCGAAUAAGUAAUAUUUCUGUCUUGGCUGAUUAAGUAGCAGGAAAUUUGCUGACAGCCAGACAGUUCAUAAGAUUCUGUUUGUUGGUUCUGUCUUCUGUGGUCAAUGGCAUAUAUAACUGCAGAUCGUCUGCAUAACAGUAAAUUUCAAAAGAAAGAAGAAUCUGACCCAGUGGUGCCAUGCAAAGAGAAAAGCAGAGGACCCAGAAUGGAACCCUGUGGAACUCCACACCUUAGAGAAAGAGUUGUUGAACAACACGCAGGUAUGAUUUCAACCACAAAAGGAUCUGACCGGAGAUCCCGAAAAAGUUCUCAAGCUUGUCCAACAAUAUGUGAUGAUCCAUCGCGUCAAAAGCAGAUGAAGCAGAUGAUAGCUGUUCCAGUCGAAUAGUUGGAUCUUGAGGCAGAUUGUAAUGGCUCAAAGAGGUUGUUUGUUGACAAAUACUGUGUACGAGAUUUGAGUGUAGUAUGAUAGUCCAAUAAUGAAUGUAGACACUAGAUAAUCUGUGUCAUCCUUGAGAUAGUGUUCCACUCGUUCACUCCAAAAUUAAAGUUAUUAUCAGACGUAUCGUGUCUUUGAACAGUUUCAGACUUUGUGAUCUUUCUGGUGACAUCUGUUCAACUUUCCCAAAGUACAUCAGGAAAUAUUAAGUGUCCACUUUUGUUUAAUUUUAUGGCAGACUUUCCAGGCGGGGGCUCACAGAAAUUCACUGUGGACUUUUGGCCAAUGCUCUGAAGUUCAAGCUCUUCAAUUUGGAAGAUCUGAGAGAGCUGGAUAUGAGCUUCAAUGACCUGCAGGAUUCAGGAGUGAAGCAGCUGUGCCCAGGACUGGAGAGCCCACUCUGCAAACUGAAAACUCUGAGGUCAGCCCAGUGACUGAAGGUUUUUCAUUGUUUUGGAUCUGUUUUUUUACAUCUUGCUAAAGUUUCAAAUCAAGACUUGGGGAGUUUAUCUGAAUAAAUAACUGAAAAAACAAUGUCAUUUGUGGAAUUGUGAAGUAUUGUUAGGAUGAGGGAGGGUAAAUAGAUACUGAGUCUGACUGAGGGGAUUUUUGGACUGCCCCAGAUCUACACUGAGUUCAGUCCCUCAGAGUAGAUGAAUUCAGAGCUAAUAUCCACUUGACGUGAAUAACUCGGACUGCUGCAGUAUCUUCUUGGUUUCAGAUAAACUUGUGAAUUUGUUUUUUACAGUGUUGUUGUGUAUGGAAGAGACUACUUCACUCUCAGUUUGGACAGUGAAAAAGGAUCACUGCUUACAAAGAGUGACAUAAUGAUGAUCCUCAGAAACAGAAUGAAAAAAAAUCCGUGAUUUUAUUUUAAGUAAAAGAGAACUGAUUAGGGGCCUCAUUUAUAAAGCUUGCUUAUGCACAAAACCUGGCUAGAAAUUGCGUACGCCACUUCUUACGCAAGAGUUGGGAUUUAUAAAAGAAAAACUAGUGUAGGAAUGUGCGCAACUUUAAGCAAACUCCACACCUUGCUUACGCACUUUUUGGAGACAAUCGGAGCAAGGUGAGAAUAGUCCGGGUGAUGCGUUCAGCACAACGGAUGACUCGAUGCAGCCUUUCUGUCCUGAGAGCUGCAGCUGCUGUACCAGGCAGUGAUGCUCGCAGAAAGCACAGACCCCACUGUGGCGGUGUAGGAAGUUUGCCAAUUUGAAUUUACAAAUGUGUAAAAAAACAAAUUCCAUUUACAUGCAUUUGUUUUAAGAUUAAUAUGACUAAAUCUUUUUGGUUUACGAACUUUCACCACAUAAGCAGCGGUGGAUAACGGAGCGUUUUUUUUUUUUGAACACAUGCACGAGUGUCACACGUGCAUGUUUUUUCUGAUCCUCACCUGUCGCCGCCACGCUCUGAUGGUGCAAAGCCACUUUUUUCUUUGCCUCCACCUUUAGAUCAGACCACUUCUUCUUGAUUUCGGCACAGUUUUGUUUUCGUCUACGUCAUCGUCAAUGAAAACAAAUCUCCACGUGUUUGCGCGCGCGUGCGUGUGUAUCUGUGUGUUGGAGGAGCACAGCAGGCUGAUGACAGCUGUCAGAGCGGACUGAAGCUGCUCCUAUAUGGUUAGCGUUUAACUGACUGAGUUUUGAGACUCUGUUCGUCAUUUUCGUCUCGUCCCAUCAACGUAAACGCACUUUCGUCUCGUCACAUUUUAGUCAUCUCCGACUUAUGUUUAGCUCGUCAACGUUACGUCUUCGUCGUGGAAGAAAAGGGAAAUAUUUCCUUCAACAAAAACAACCAGUGUUGUUCUCGUUGAUGAAAAUAUUUCCUUUUGACGCUGGUGUUGACGAAAAUAUUUGACGAAAUAUGACGAAAACAACACUGUUUCAGCAACGCUGCGCUCAGUGCCAGCCGCAAUUGCCACCACGGCAACGGCGUUUUUAUUGGUGAUGCCACUCGAAUGGCCGCCGAAUAAGGUCUCCCGUCUCGCCGCCACCUCAUUUACAAGAACCUCCACCUCGAUCUCUGAAAAGUUUCUUUUUCUACGACUUGCUGAUGCCAUGGUUAAGCGUGAAAUGCCGUGGAUCCACCAGGCUUAUCUACAUGCAAAUCACAUUCAUGAGGUAAUUUGCAUGACCAUACAUGGUGAAUUUUGGGUGUGGAGAGGGCGGGGAAGAAUCAAAUCCCUGCUGAGCAACUUUCCAGCUGGAUUUAUAAAGGGAAAGUGCGUGCAGGUGUGCGUAGGCAGGGUUUUAUAAAUCAGAUUUUUUUUUUGCCUACGCACUUUUCAGCUUUUCAACUUACGUACACUUUUAGUAUGGAUCCUACGCCAGGUUUUAUAAAUGAGGCCCCAGGACAUUGUAAUGUUAAGCAAUGUAUAUUACACACGAACACAUCUGACUAAAUAAAGAAAUAAAUUUUAAUUUUGAACUGUGAAUUUUUCAGAUUGAAUUACUGCAGUCUGUCAGAGGAGAGCUGUUCCUCUCUGGCCUCUGCUCUGAAGUCCAACCCCUCCUAUCUGAGGGAGCUGGACCUGAGCAAAAACGAGCUGCAGGAUUCAGGAGUGAAGCAUCUGUGUGGUUUCCUGGGGAGUCCAAACUGCAGACUGGAGACUCUGAGGUCAGUUAAUUGACUGUUUUUAUAUCCAUGCAUAGUAUAACUAUUGUGAGAGUGGGGCGUAGAUGUGUCGUGAAACAGAGGGAACAGUGUUAUUGUUUCAGAGUUUGUGGUGUUGCUACCCGUUUCGUCCCCGAAACCCGAUUUGUACUGCCCAUGUGCGAAACGUACCUCACUUCCUCUCUUCAAUGCAUUAGUUAGUUGUUACUAUUGCUACCUACCCGAUCUGUAAUACGCAAGUGCAGAUUUACUUCACUUUAAAAACGUUAUUUAAAAUACCAACCGAUUUCAGAAACCAGCCAGCGAUGUGACAGGCUGAAAACUAUGGCCAGGUACCGGCGCCCCCUGUGGCCCAAAAGGUCUCACCGUGCUGUGCAGGAGCUCCGGUGAAUGCCUAAACAUAAGCCCUGGUCAAAACUAUGGUUGAAAAUAAAUGGAGUGUGUUGCUCAGCUCCAAAGAGAGUAAUAUGUAAGUGAGUUUUUGUCAGCAGAAAAGAGUGACUUUAGAAACUCUCUACAUUCCUCCCCUACCCAGCAGCGGCAUGGUGGCUAUCUGGCAUGAGUCUGGUCCUGCUCAAGGUUUCUGCCUGUUAAAAGGAAGUUUUUCUCGCCACUGUCACUCAUGAUAGAUGAGAUGAGGUUAAACCCCAUCUUAGGUUGGGUCUUGAUAAUUCAUCAAACAAUGAGCGUGGUUUAGACCUGCUCUUGUUCUUUGAAAAGCGUCUUAGGAUGACGACUGUUGUGAAUUGGCGCUAUAUAAAUGAAAUUUGAUUGAUUGAUUGAUUGAUCACCAGACUUGUGGCUGAGGCUUUUCCUGACUAUGACAGAGCUGUCAGGAAUGGUGAGACUUAUAGACCUUUUCCGGGCUCGACCCUGCCCUCCAAGCCAAUAGCCAUGAACAGGGGGUGAUGGAUGUGGAGGAGGCUUCAUCUAUAGUAGGCCAUUGUGAACGGGACAGGCAGGCUCUAUGGGCAAGCACACCUGGAUUGCCCUACUCCAACCCACAUGCUGCUGUUGUUGCCGCUCAUGAUCUGGCAUCACCAAAGGUGUUGACUGUAAUGCUAAUGCCACAGAGAAGCUUGUUCAUGUCAUGGUAUGACUCACUCCGAGGAUGGACAAUUUACAACUGGAGGUGAAGGAUUUGAGAGCACGUACCUGUGGGACUGAGUGUGGCGGUGGUGGUUCCCCUUUUCCUGGGGCUCUUCAGCAGAGCUUGGGGGAGCUCAGAGAGUAGUGGCAUGCCUGUCACUCUGCAUGCGGUGGGUUUGAAUGAAGGUCCACCUCCUGGGACUUCUGGAUGGAGGGCAGCAUGAGAAGCUAGUCUCCACAGCGCAGGCUUCAGCGAGGAUACGGUGGCAGGGAAUGUUCUCCUUGAGAGCGGGGGGACCUGAGACAUCACUGCUGGCUUCUUGCCACACCGGCUGGACAGGGAGGGCCACAGGGAGCCACGCUUUGCAGAGGGACAUCAACUGUGAUGGGGAGUGAGGUUUCUAUUUCCCUCAUCUCCAUCCCCACACAGAAAGGAGCUGGGAAACUUCCAGUAGCUGGCAAUGAGACCCAGACGCCAGUGUUGCCACUACAUGGUCACAAUGACAACUCUGCAGCAGCAACUUAAACUGCGCCCUGGGUCUCACCUGGGGGUAUUUCACCAUGUUAAUGACUGUGACAUACUCACCCCUGCAGAGGUUUUUGAUUCUCGACUGGUGGAUGCCCCCCUACCUGAUGUAGCUGAUUGUCUGCUGACAAUCAGAGGCAGCAGCUGCAGGCCUUGCUGGAGAGACAUCAGAGAGUGUUCAGCCCUGCACGCGGUGGAACAGGCAACACUAACCUGCUCAAACACCACAUUCAAACAGGUAACCACACCCCAAUAAAGCAACGGGCCUACCGCAUUUCCCCUGACAAGCAGAGGGAAAUAAACAGGCAGGUCCAGCACCUUUUAAGGGGUGGCAUCAUUGAAGAGAGCAGUAGCCCUUGGUCCUCUCCUGUGGUUCUCGUCAGGAAGAAGAAAAAUAAAUGGAAAUUUUGUGCUCGUUAUAGGGGCUUCAAUGCUGUGACAAUAAAAGAUUUCCACCCACUGUCGCGUGUCGAUGAUACACUUGACACCCAAGCAGGAGCCACCUGGUUCAGCACCCUGGACUUCUCAGACCGCUACUACCAGGUGGAAGUGGCGCAGGAGGACAGUGAAAAGACCACCCUCACCACUGGCCAGGGCCUCAAUUAGUUUAGAUCCAUGCCCUUGGGGCUCACAAAUGCACUGGCAACAUUCCAGCGAGUUGUGGAGCUGGUGUUAAAGGGGCUGCCAUUGCACAUUUGCAUGGUGUAUCUUGACGACACACUGAUAUACAGGAGGUCGUUUGAGGAUCGUUGUUCUGCUCUGGGGGAGGUCUUCACCCGGAUCGGAGCAGCUGGGCUAUGGCUGAAUUCCAGGAAGUGCCACCUGGCCCAGGAUCAUGUGGUCUUCCUUGGGCACGUCAUCUCUGCUGAGAGGUCUCGCCCUGACCCCAAGAACACAGACACGGUACAGUCACGGCCUGUACCGAGGUCCGCCAUAGAAGUGCGUGCCUUCCUGGGGCUCUAUCCCUACUACAGGAGGUUUGUGAGGAAUUUUGCCCAGCAAGCAGCCCCUCUCAGUCACCUUACGGGGAAAGAUGCCCUGUAUCAGUGGACUGCAGAUUGCCAGGAGCCGUUUGAGUUCCUGUGAGACAUUCUCUGGGCUGAACCUAAAAUGAGUCACCCAGACUUCACUCACCGUUUCAUUCUUUACACCAAUACUUCUCAGGUCACUGUGGGGGCAAUGUUGGCACAAGAUGCUGACAGCCUGGAGAAAGUGAUGGCUUGUGCUUGUCAUUCCCUCACAUGGCAGAGUCCCCAUCAAGCAUGGUAGGAGUGAACCACCUUCAGCGGAUUGCUGCUUUGUUUUUGUUGUGGAAGGCCCACAACCGGUGGAGAUGUAGGCAUCGCCGUGUCUGGGUCUCCUCCAAUAGCUGUGCCUGCCAUUUCCAACAGUAUUUACAGGUUACCCGAACCCAAUUUGAUGACCUGUUGGUGAGGGUCAGUGCUGGGAUAUCCCUCCAGGAUACCGAUUACAGGUGCGCUAUCCCAGCUGCAGCGCAUCUGUCCAUGUGUCUACUGUUAGUAAAACGAUUUGUGUUUAUAUCGUCACACCAGUGAACAUUUUACGAUCUGUUUUCAUACGCCACUGGGGGAUCUUUGUGCUGAUUGAUUAUUGCGAUGCUUCUAUUCGCUCAAGUUAAGAUAUUUUCAACUCUCGUGAAUAAGCGUCCGCUUGAUUUGUGCAGAUAACUCGAUUCUCGUCAUUCACACUGCCAGAGUAGUAAGAGCUUCUAAUCCCAUCUUUGCAUUAACCUUACAAGUAAUUCAUUCAUGCAAAUGAUUUUACUUGCGCUUGGUGUGAAUAAGAGGCUGAGAGGAGCAGCUCAUCUUCGCAUUUCCCCUGUCAGACUGAGACUGGCCGCAGACUCUGCAAAACGCAGCCAGUGGCAAAAAGGAAAGAAGUGGGAGCUAGGGGAGCAACAUAACAUAUGAACAUGUUAGAGUUACACACUCAUCCAUGUAGAAAUGUAACAAAACACUAACAUGUCUUCAAACUAAGAAAUGUUAGGUUCAGUCCCUUAUUUGAUCUUCAACUCUGAACAGGUUUAAACUGAAUGAUUUCUCAAAGGGCAUCAUUUCUCUUUAAUUCAGAUUGAAAGACUGCUGUUUGUCAGAGGACAGCUGUUCCUCUCUGGCCUCUGCUCUGAAGUCCAACCCCUCCUAUCUGAGAGAGCUGGACCUGAGUCUCAACAAGAUGCAGGAUUCAGGAGUGAAGAAUCUAUGUGGUUUUCUGGAGAGUCCAGACGGCAGACUGGAGACUCUGAGGUCAGACACCGAUUUAACUUUAAGACUAAAACUAAUCUGAUGUCAGAGUUCUGCUAACUUUUGACUUUGACUGUUUAAUCCUUGAAAACCCUGGCAAGGUUAAUCGCACAUUCCCUAAUUUAUUCACAACUUAUUUAGAUCUUGCUUUGCACUUUUUGGGGCCACUCCCUCUUACCUUGACAGAAUAUAAAAAACUGAUUUAUUUUCAUUCAGAUUGAAAGACUGCAGUCUGUCAGAGGAGAGCUGUUCCUCUCUGGUCUCUGCUCUGAAGUCCAACCCCUCCUAUCUGAGAGAGCUGGAUCUGAGUGACAACAAACUGCAGGAUUCAGGAGUGAAGCAUCUGUGUGGUUUUCUAGAGAGUCCAGACUGCAAACUGGAGACUCUGAGGUCAGUUAAUCGACUGUUUUUACUGUUGGUAAAGUGAGUUUCAAAAUCGAAUCAAAGUUCAUUCGUUUAUAUAUUAAAGGGGGAUAUCAUGCCAGAGACCAAACACAGCUCACCCACUCUCCCCCAGCAGCCCUUUGUUUGUGGGGGAGCCCUGACGAGUCGAUCACCAAGUGCUGCGGAGUUUCGCAGCUCAAGGAAGAACAUUUAUGAUUAUUAUUUCAUGGAAAUACAAUCAGAGUUCUUGUGUAUCUUGUAUGUGCACUGCAGACGCGGUAGUUCUUCUGCCUUAGCUUCUCGGUCUGCUUGUAUUUCCAUAAAGAAAUGAUCAUAAAUGUUCUUCCUUGAGCUGCGGCACCCCACUGUAGUCAGUGAAAAAAAUACUGUGAUCUAAAUUUCAGGUCAUAGGUCUGUAGAUCUGUCAAGGAUCCUCAAUAAUACGUUUUUAAUCUUCAUUGUGCGUUUCUUUUUCAGAUUGAUGUUCUGCAGCCUGUCAGAGGUCAGCUGUUCCUCUCUGGCGUCUGCUCUUAAGUCCAACCUCUCUUAUCUGAGAAAGCUGGACCUGAGAGGCAACAACGAGGUUCAAGAUUCAGGAGUGAAGCAUCUGUGUGGAUUUCUGCAGAGCCCAAACUGCAGACUGGAGAUUCUGAUGUCAGACACCAUUUUUACUUGGAUGCUAAGAUUAAUUUGGCAACUGAAUUGUGUUGUAAUGAAACUGCCAAAAUACUGUUUAUUUUUUAAAGUAUCCACUCUCACCACAAGAUAUUAAAAACAAUCGAAACCAGUGUUCAUUUUCAACCCAGGACAAAGAUUACGUAGUGCAGCUGUUACACCUCUAACUAAAAGCAGGCUUACCACAAAGUCUGAGAAGAGCGGUGGAAAAAAAUGUUCUGAGGUUCUUACACCAUUUACAAAAGUCUUUGAACCCAACCAGCUCACUGAGGUGUGCUGUUCAGUGUGUGAAAGCCAAGCCCAUCCUCCGCUCUCUAGGGUCAACCAUCUGUGGUCUGACAGAUAGAUCACUCAACCACAGACUGAUACCUUCCUGAUCCUGAUCUGGUUUUCAAUAGUCACACUUUUACCAUCUUUCCUGUGCUGUGUACAAUCACGUCUUUGAUAAACUUGCGAGCAUCACAGAAAAACAAACGGACUCUCACACAUCAAUUUUUGUAUUGGCAUCACACAGACUCCCCCACCAGUUAAAAAUGGACACUAGUAAUAAACUUUUCAGGGUGAAAAAUCAAAUCUGGUUACACUUUCUGGAUACUUUCCAAAGUAAAAGCCUUUCUGUUUCUCUAAUUUACCUGCAUGGAGAAACUAAAUGUUUUUGACUUAAAAUUAGUGAAGACUGGAAUUGGUGUAGGUUUGUAGAUCAGGUCUACCAGCUGUGACAGUCUCAUGACUCUGAACAGAUUUUUAAACUCAAGGAUUUAUGAACUUACAUCAUUUCUUUUUCAUUUUUCAUCCAGAUUGAGGGACUGCAGGUUGUCAGAGGACAGCUGUGCCUCUCUGGUCUCUGCUCUGAAGUCCAACCCCUCCUAUCUGAGAGAGCUGGACCUAAAUGACAACAAGCUGCAGGAUUCAGGAGUGAAGAAUCUGUGUGGUUUUCUGGAGAGUCCAGACUGCAGACUGGAGACUCUGAGGUCAGAAACUGACGUAAUCGGGACAGGCAGUGAUACAGCGUUUUGUGUGUGUGUGUGUGUGUGUGUGUGUGUGUGUGUGUGUGUGUGUGUGUGUGUGUGUUUUGUUUUGUGUGUGACUCCUGCAUGGAACACCUGGUGGAGCCUUAGCUUUGAUUGUUAACUAAUGGCUCCAGGUGAUCAGAACUGGGUGUGAAAUGAGAGCACACCUGUAUUUGACCGUGCUGAGUUCUUGAAGAUGUUUUCCUUCAGUUUAUCCUUUUUUGUCUAAUUACUGGACUCACUUUAACAUUUGUGUCAGAUUAUUAAAAUCCUGAUAUAAUGUUAAUUAACAGAAGUAAGUGUCCAUACUGGAAGACUGCCACGGACAUUGAUUACUGCUUCAAUCAGAACAGGCGUCUGUACUCAGCUCCUAUUGAUUAUUCGGGUUAGUUUAAAUUAGCCAUUACAGUUCCUUUUUACACAUCUGCCGUGUGUUGGACCAUAACUAUUUGUAUUAUUAGGUUGUAAGUCAAACUAAUUAAAAUUGUUCACAACUUUAAAAGGUCCCAUGGCAUGCCAAUUUCACAUAACUUAAAAUAGUCCCCUGGUGCAUUAAAAGCAUGUCUGUGACGUCCUUUGGUCAAAAUUAGAUUUGGAUCAAUUAUUUUAGUGCUCUUUUUAUCAGCUAAAAACAGCUCCGCUCAAAAUCCUCUGUUUUGGACCAUGUCUAUUUAAUUAAAUGAGCUGCACCUAAGCCACGUCCACUUUACACCCAUCUCUCUGGAAGGGGCUGUGGCUGUGCUCCGAUAGCCAUGUGCUUAUGUUUACACUGGCUCGGUCAUCCCUACCAGUUUGAGCCAGUCUGACCCAGAGGGAGAGGCUCCGGAAGAAACUCUCAGCCGCGUUCAGACCAAACGCGACUUGAAGCGACCGAGUCGACACAUCCUAUGCAUUAUUCAAAGCCGCCAGGAGGGUCACGCUUAGCCGGGACGUCCCGUAUUCGAGCCAAAAGAGGCGCGUCGCCGCACGGCUAAAUGCUAAAGCUACAUGCUGCUCCGGAGUUGUCGGGGAAGAAGCGAGCGGCUAAAAUCCGGGGGGAUCCGGUGUGUUUAUCAAAGCGUGGUGGCCGUGCUGAGGCACCGGGGGGAAUUUAGGCUAAACAGUAAGUCAAAAUAAAACGUUCGUACUUACAGAUUUGUAGUAGGAUCACGGAUAGUUGGUACGGAUCCAUUCUUUAUCUUCAGACAUCUAGCAAAUCCAGCGUUGAACUGUCCCUCGUUGGUAAAACAGUCCGAAGUGAAAUGGUACACACAUACGUACAGAAAUGUUGGAAGUGCCGCGGGUACAUUCGUAUUAAAAAUAAAAUCCACCCAUCAAGUCCUCAAAUCCUCCGAUGAGGGAGUUUUCAAAAGAGUUUUGUGCUCCUUUGUGCCGCCAACAACAGAGCCUCUUAUCAGAUCGUACUUUCGCCAUGGUUCUAACCGGAGCUACGUGAGCGGGCGGCCGGGAGUAAUGGCGGUGUUUUGAUAAUUUAGUGGGCAGGGCAGUGGGCGGCUCCGUGGGCAGAACCAUCAACCUGCCAUCACUGACAUGACGUCAUGUCAGUGGAGUUUUCAGAAGGGCUCUGAGCACACAGUUCCUAAAUACGGAGAUAACUAAAAAACGACUGGAUGGAGUUUGUUAGAACUUGGGGGACAGUUUUCUGUCCCUGAUAUGCACCCCCCUCCCGUUAACAAAGUCGGUUUUUCAUGCCAUGGCCCCUUUAAAAGUUAUGAAUACCACGUAUAAUGAUCAGCCAUCUACCUUCUGAACCAAAAAAAAAGAAUUUAAGACCCGGAUCUGCUGAAAACAGCACAACAGCACACUCAAAGUAAGAUAAACUGGACCAGCUUUGACCCGGACACAGAGUGAUGUCAUUGUUCAGCUCCCGCCUACUUUUUCUUGAAAUUACGUCUCGGCAAUUUUCUUAAAAAAUGGAAUCAAUACUUUUUUCUUCAGAUUUUUGUUUUAUUCUCAACGUGGAAAAAAUCAUUUUGCUCCUUUUCUCCUAAAUCUGGUCACACGGCUCUACUGGUCCUCUGUUAUGAUCUUCAUCCAAUAAAAGGUUUUUAAAUGAUUCCAAAAGUAUAAAGCAGUGAACACAGUUUUUUAUUAUUAUUCAGGUUUGACCAUAAAGAUUUCACUGUAAUCAUAAGAAAGAGUCUGCAGUUUUCAGACUGUAUGGCAGGGUCAUGUCAGCCUCAGUGUCUGGGCCCUGUGGUGUCAGGUACAGGUCUUUGGAGUCUCAUUUCAGUUGCAAACAGAUUGUUUUUCUUUCAGGUUGUGGUGCUGUAGUCUGUCAGAGGAGAGCUGUUCCUCUCUGGUCUCUGCUCUGAAGUCCAACCCCUCCUACCUGAGAGAGCUGCAGCUGAGCUGUAACAAGCUGCAGGAUUCAGGAGUGAAGCAUCUGUGUGGUUUCCUGGAGAGUCCAGACUGCAGACUGGAGACUCUGAGGUUGGAUCAUUCACUCUCUGUUUUCACUCUUGGUCGCUCAUGUUAAUUAAUCUCAAAUGUCUCUGUAUACAUACCUGACAUGCAUUGAAAUGUCCUUUAUUUGGUCACAUUCAUGUUCCAUGUUCAGAUUGUAGUCAGCAGUCAGUAAAGACUCUUCUGGCUUAGAGACACUGAGGAGUUUUGAACUGGUGGAAAAACAGACAGAAUUUGAAACUGAGGCCUCUUGGUGAUCUUUAUAAGUACAAAGAAGAUUGAUAAUUACAGUGGUAAUGUUCAGUGAUAAACUCUGCUCUUCUGACUGCUUCUGCACAUACUAACAGUGAGUUAUAAUUAGGCCUGCACGAUAUAUCGUUUGAGCAUCGUCAUGGUGAUGUACGUGUGUGCGAUAGUCACAUCAGAGCCUGCGAUGUUGGAGGUCAAUGAACUCAGUUAAUUUCAAGGGUAACUGACUGAGAUACACUCCAUGUGACUCUGCAUGUGCUGUGCAGCGAUCCACCAAUCACAUUCGUUCUUUACUCAGUUGCCAAUCAGACUAGCCUGCCAGCUGUCAAUCAAAAUCAGAGAGGAGGAAACCACGCCCCUGCAGCGCUGAAGGUGUUGUUUCGAGGAACUCAGAGAAUGAACAUUCCUCAUCGCUGUUUAUCCCACAAAUAAAAACUGUUUGGGUUUUAAAUUUUACAGUUUCAUGGACCACUCGACUAUAAGCGGUGUGCGUUUCUGUGAGGUGGAUGAAAUUCUUGGUGGGCGUGUUUCUCGGGACAACACCGGUAACAACAACAAUAACCAUUUCAAAAAGAGAAAUGAACAAGAGAAAACCACCGAAGAUGAAGACGUGUCGGUAAAAAGAAAAUCAACGUCAGUUAUCAGGAAUUAUUUCGGUUAAUAGAAGGAUGAUGUCGACUAAAACACGUGAUCUGUGUUCAUCUGUUUCCACGGUAACGUCCCAGAACAAUAAAAACUAAAACUAUCUCUGAGACAGACAGAAGACAGUCGACUAACAUUCACUAAAGAGGGAAGAUCAGAGCAGGUUAACUGUCCUCAAGACUUCAGCAGAAACUCAGAUUCAGGUCAUCUGAGGAAAAUUCCUGUUUUUUAAUAUCGUGAUAUCACAGGGAUGAAAAAAAUUGCAAUGUUAGUUUUUUCCAAUAUCGCGCAGCCCUAGUUAUAAUUCACGUGUACAAGACAGCAGGAUGAGAUGUUUGUGUGGAAACACAACUUUCACAUUUACAGAGCAGGAGAAGAUCACGGUAUCACCCUGUCCACAGAAGAGCUGGCAUCAACAGAAGGUUUAAAGACACUGCAGUAAAGAUAAGCUGUCCUCAGAUGGACUGACUGUCCCUGUAAACACAAGAGUCUCUGAAGCCAUGUUUUCACCAGAUUAAAUAUCUCUUUAGGAUGAAUUUUCAGAGCUCAUGUGUGAAUGUUGUGCUGACAUUUGGAUGAUGUCUGUGGAAGGCUGAUUUUACCACAAACCUCUAUAUUAAUAACCAGAAAAAGAUCAUUGAUUAGGAAAUUUAAAUGUUCAGCAACACAUUUGACUGUUUAAUCAAAUAAUUUUAAACAUAUUUUCUUUAUUAUCCAGAUUGAGUUACUGCAGUUUGUCAGAGGUCAGCUGUUCCUCUCUGGCCUCUGCCCUGAAGUCCAACCUCUCCUAUCUGAGAGACUUGGAACUGGGUGGAAACAACCUGCAGGAGUCAGAAGUGGAGCAGCUGUCUGAUCUUGUGAAGAGUCCACUCUACAGACUGGAGUCUGUGAGGUCAGUACAGCAGUGUGUCCAGUUCAUGUUAGAUUCAGCAGUUAUGUAACAGACGUAUUAAGACAUUUUUUUCUAUUCACUUUUAUUGAAAGAUAGAUAAAUACUCAGACCGACAUACUGCAGAUCUCCCACCGUCUGAUGAGUGAAGGUUCCUCUAAUCCUCUUUUAUCUUAUCUUCAGUGUCAGUGAGUGCAGUUACAUGGACUUGAGUAUCACAGCUUUGAUCAGAUUUUUAAUCAUGUUGGGUUUUUGCUCGUGCAUGUUAACAUCCUAUCCUGAUUCAGAAACCUGAUUUUGCUACCAGGACAACUCUGAGGAAGAAUGUGAUUUAGUGACAUAGACUUGUUGUGCAGGUGCAGGUCAGCCAACACUACAGUGCACUUCAGAACGUUAACGAUAACAUGAUCAGAAACAGAGUCCCAUGAGUUUCUCUUUCCUCUGUACCAGGAGAAGGACCAGCUGUGAUCUGUGAGCUUGAGUUCAGGCUUUCUGUCAGUGUGAGGAGUGGAGCAGAUAUACCGCUGAUCUGCUGCUCCAUUGUGCUCCCUGAUGCGUGAUCAAUACCUCAGUGCUGCAGAAGAACAACCUGCACUUUUGAGAGUUUAGGACUGCAGUCUGAAGGGUUCUAAUUUCUGACCACAGUUAUGUGUCCUCUUCUCUUCUCAGCUUGAAGUUGUGAUUUCCGUCAGCUCUGAUGACCUAUUAGGUUGAAGCAGCAGCAGUCUGUGUGAAGCGGCUCUGACUGAACCGUGUUACUGGGAGGAAGAGGAAGAGGAGGAGAGCUUCAUCCAGCUGUGACUCCAGCAGUGAAACUCACUGUUGUGAAAGUUCAUGUGUAUACUGCUCUGUCCACCUGGAUUUGAUUUGGCCUUUUUGUUUUUUAUUCAGGUUUUCUAAACUGAAAUCUCUGAGAAGUUCUUGUUAUGACCAGAAAACUUCAGAGCGUCUGGAACUGUUGCUGAAAUGACUGAAAUAGGGCUGAAGAAUACAGAUAUUUUAUUAUGAUUGAUAUUGCUUGCUGACACUUUGAAUUUUAUUAAUGCCUACAUUUCAAGAAGUAUGCUGGCAGUGUUUGAGGCCUGAUAUUUUUGAGUUUUUUAUUAUAUUUCUAAGACUGCAUUAUUCUUUUUGAUUUUAAUAAAUACAGCAGCUUUAUAGUGCAGCCACAGAUUUAUUUACUUGUGCUUUACUUACAUUAACCUUUACUCUUUGUUAAACACACAUUAAAUAAUGUCAAGUGUAUUUCAGUGAAUACAAGUGCACUGCAGCUUGGACUGACUGUUGGUUAGAGAAAAUAAAAUAAAUGAUAAGUCAGUGA